AGGUGUUAAAGUCAUCUCUGCGGGGGAGGGGAGCGACAUCCCCUUGAAUUCCGAAACGGAAGUAGGUAUAUAUAUAUAUACCGGUUGUCUCAGCAGGCUCACCACAACUUCCUCCACCACUCUCACAGCUCAAUGGCCGCCAAGGUGCUCCUUCUCCUGGCUCUGGUAGCAGCCGCCUCCGCCGCCAGUACGUACGAGAUUCCCUACAGGUCCUAUGAUUCCUACGAGUCGUACGAGUCUGAAGAACCGAAUUACAACUUUAGGUACGUGGUCAAAGACUACUACGGCAACGACUUCGGUCAUAGGGAGCGGCGCAAUGGCGACUAUACCGAGGGCACCUACUACAACCAGCUGCCCGACGGCCGCUACCAGACGGUGAAGUAUGUGGUGGACGGCUACUCUGGUUUCGUGGCCGACGUCAGCUACGAGGGCGAGGCUCACUACGACUCUGGCUCCUACGAGUCUUCUGAACACUACAGGCCGACCUACGACUCAGGCUCUCAGGAACGUUACAGGCCAAGGUACGACUCUGAGUCCCACGAGUAUUACAGGCCAAGCUACAGGUACGGCUACAGCGGCUGAGACGAGCAUUAGACGUCAUGGCACAGCUCCAAACAACACAGGUCGUCCUGGUCGUCGCCUGGAGCAUGAGUUUACCAAAGGUAGCAGUCACUCUGGCGGAGGCUGCAGCUUCCCACCAGGUCGUGACCUCUUUCACAUCUUGUUUUCUUGUUUCCUGUAUUAAUGUGUUCUGUUAUCGACAUGACUAGAGUAUAGAAUAAAUAAAGUCACUAUAA